AAGUCUAUAAAUACCAUGUUUGUUAUCAUGGAGAAGAACCCAAUACAAAACUCAAAUCACAUAAAUCUUCAAAUCAAUACAUUUUUUUCCAAGAAAUAUCAGAUGGCAAGCAUAUGCGAAGAUCCAGGAAAAAGCUCAUGGCCAGAGCUUUUGGGGGCAAAAGGAGAAGAUGCAAAAGAAGUGAUCGAAAGAGAGAAUCCCAAAAUGAAAGCAGUUAUCAUUUUGGAUGGAACAGCUGUUCCUGAGAUCUUUAUUUGCUCUCGUGUUUACGUUUGGGUCAACGAUUGCGGAAUCGUUGUUCAAAUUCCCAUCAUCGGUUAAUUAUAAUUAUAUAAUUGGUAUCAAACAUUUAAAAUACUCUAUAACUAUAUAAUUCGUAUUAAAAUGUAAUAAUGAAGAUAUUGUUAUGAUCUCUGGUUGUUAUAUCAUGCUAUCUCAAUGUCUCAUAAAUAAAAUUAAUGAUUAUGACUAUUCUUUU